AUGUUCCAGUCGUUUACCGGCAGUUCUCGUCGCCCACGACAGGUCAACCUCAGUGGCCGAGCCAACAAUCCAUUCGCCCCAUUCGCCGCACCCCCUCAUGCCUCAAACCCUCAGAGUGCGGUCGCAAUUGCCCAACAAGAGCGAAAACAGAGACAGCAGGAAAGGGACAGACAGAAUGCUGCUCUGAUCAUUCAGCGAGUCUGGCGGGGCCAUCGGAGUAGAAAAGCCACAUGGGAGACAUGGAGAUCGGAGUGGGAUGCAAACGAACAGUUCAUGAUGAACAACGAAGGGUUCGUGAUGGAAACUGUUGAAGUGAUUACUGUACGCAACGUAGCAAGCGCACCCAGUACAACUGUUGCCUUCCGCCGUUCUGCGCCUUAUUCUUCAGCGGGUCAAUGCCUAGCGCAACUCCGACUCUUAAUGCAGUUUGUGUCAUCGCAUAAACCAGAUGAUCAAGUCCGCCUUGCAUACUUUACAAAUGCAUUUGAAAAUACUUUCUGCACUUUGCCGACAAUUGCUACUGAAGGCGAGUGGACUAAUUUGCUGAAACGCCUGGCAACCGCCAUCCUGACUUUGGUUGGUACCCAUACAAAUUUCCGUUUCAUUGAAACAUAUCUUCGAGGUGCCAUAUUGCUGGCAGGUUUGAUACCGAAGGAAAUGGCAGCCGACGGGGAUACCUAUUAUAAAGCGAUUUCAAUUUUGACGACUAAUAAUUCGUCUGCUCAUGGAGGAUUUAACAUUGAACCAGAGCUUAUCAAAGAAGGUGUACUUGCUCUCCUACGACCUAUCACCUCAAACACAAUAUCUGCAUACGAAUCAUUUGCUCUUCUAUACCUCACAACCCCACACCUGGAGAGCUACUUGUUGAAACUAAAUGACUUGGCGACCCAAAUUAAUUACAGGAUGCUUUCCCUUGCUGUUUCAAAUCUGCUCGAUUCACCCAGUGGAAGGUCUCGUGUCCUAGAAGAAAUGGAGGCUCGCACUUGGCUGCUUUCAUACCUGAUCUUCUUCCACCGAUAUGCCCUUGGUAGUCAAGCAAACACAAGGACACUUGAGCUGGAAUUCAUAGCAGUCAUAUCCCAUCUUUUGGCCUCAACUGCACCUCAUUUGAUACAGAACCUAGAGAUAGAAGACUUGACCAAUGAGGACUAUCGAAGAGUUCCAGGUCCACUACCCAAAUUCGUCAAGGACCAGGUCUCUAGUCUGAUUAAUCAAAACAGCGUGACAGCACUUAUCUCACCAAAGCGGACUGCUCAACCACCAGCCGACGAAUCCAAAGCGGCUCAUGUUCUUGCCACUUACGCAUUGACUCUUCUGAGAAUAUUCCCUGGGCGCGGGGAUGACAUACGAAUGUGGUUAUAUUUGGGCUCGGCGCCUGCGGGGAAGCAUACCUUUUCUGGGCAACCGGAAGCAAAUAUUCCAGCUGUUAAGUAUUUUUGGCAGGCAUCUAGAUCUAGUCGGAUCUUUCAGAUCAUCAGCAGCGACUCGACAAAGGUGCUUCCGCUGUUGCAGGCGAAGGAACCGGUCGACGUCAGCCAGGAACAGCGGAACCAGGAGUGGACAACCAUACUCCUUUUUCUCGAACUCUUUACUUUUGUUCUAAAAGUUAUGGACGACGACGAGUUCUUUUCCAGCACAUCUUCCUUCACCUCCUCUGGAAGUGGCAAGGUUUCGUGGACGAGAGAAAGUGCAUUGCCUCUGACUGAUAUCAAAGACCUGACGAUUUUUCUGAAGAACCUGGCUUUUACCCUUUACUGGAAUGUGGCGGAUCUAAGCGAGCCUGAAGUUCGACCCGUGGCGAAAGAUCUCAGUCAUUAUUUCAGUGGUACAUCCGAUGCAUCAGCUCUUUCAGCCGCCAAAGACCUUGUAACUAAGGGCCGAACAAACAAUCUUUCUGGUGUGACAGGAAUAUCGCCGGAAUACUUUACGGGCCUUGUCACAGGGUUGCUUCGGAUGCUUCAUGAACGCGACUCUCGUCUUAAGUUUCUCCCACCGGAUCACUGGCUCAUGACAAAUCGAUUCGAUAUGGAGGGAUUUAUCGCCAUCGUGGUGGCAGAAGAUGAGAGGAGACAUGAGUUCCAGGAGCAAGACGAUGAUGAAGACGAUGAUUUGAUGGGAGAUGAGAUGAGCCGAGAAAAUGAACCGUCUGGGUUAGCCGGUGCUAGUUAUACUCAGCAGCACAUUCGACGUGAGUCGUUGAAGCGCCACCAGCAGCGUCUUGCUCGCCGACGGAUUUUGGCCGCUAUCGCACCUAGAUUAGAGAUUCUUCGAAACAUGCCCUUUUUCAUUCCAUUUGAAACCCGAGUUCAAAUCUUCCGUCAAUUUAUCUACCAUGAUCAAUUCCGUCGGCGAAAUGGCCUUGUCGAUGCUGACGAUUGGCGUGUAUCCAUCGCCCAAGCCACCAUCAACCCACUGAGCCAUAGGGGUGAUAAUCUCGCUCGGCAUCGUGCCGAGAUUCGAAGAGAACAUGUCUUUGAAGACGCAUUAUCCCAGUUUUACCCACUGGGCGAAGGACUGAAAGAACCCAUUCAAAUUAGCUUCAUUGAUCAGUUUGGAUCGAUGGAGGCAGGUAUUGAUGGAGGUGGGGUGACUAAAGAAUUUUUAACCAGCAUCAUAGCCGAGGCUUUCAAAACUGAGGAGUCCGCCAUGUUUGUUGAGAACGACCAGCAUUUGCUGUACCCAAACCCCAUAGCUGUCGAACAGUGCAACGCACAGCUGCGUGCUCUUGGAUUUGACCAGUCAAAUCCUGAAUGGGGCACCCGUAUUCGCGAGUUACUUCGCCGAUAUGAAUUCAUAGGGCGGAUAAUUGGAAAAUGUCUUUACGAGGGAAUUCUGGUCGAUGUCAACUUUGCGUCCUUCUUCUUACUCAAGUGGGCACUGACCGGAGGAAAUCGCUCUGCUUCAAGAGAGUCGUCUUAUCGGGCUAGUCUAAAUGAUUUGAAGGAACUUGACGCCAGUCUGUACCAGGGACUUCUGCAAUUGAAAAAUUAUGAUGGCGAUGUUGAGGACUUUUCUUUGGAUUUUACUGUCACCGACAACAUUACGAUCCCAGGAGAGCGUACCCGAACAAUGACAAAAGACUUGAGGCACUCUGGAUCUAAAAUCCCUGUCACCAACUCGAACAGAUUGGUCUACAUCUCUGCUAUCGCCCGGUAUCGACUCCAGUAUCAACCUGCCCUGCAAACCGAUGCAUUCCUGCAAGGGUUGGGGCAAAUCAUUCAGCCUGGCUGGCUGUCCAUGUUCAACCAAACUGAACUUCAAACUUUGGUGAGUGGUGAGACGGGUGAUAUCGAUGUCGAAGACCUCCGAAAGAACACCCAAUACGGAGGUAUAUACGUGAUUGGCGACGACAAUGAAGAACACCCAACCAUCAAACUCUUCUGGCAGGUGAUGCACAGCCUGUCGAAUGAAGAUCGCCAGAAAGUACUACGCUUUGUGACUUCCACUCCACGGGCUCCACUGCUUGGGUUCAGCCAUCUGAAUCCAUCCUUCAGUAUUCGGGACUCCAGUAAUGACGAGGAGCGACUACCAAGUACCAGUACCUGCGUGAAUCUCUUGAAGCUACCUCGCUACUCCACUGCCGAGAUACUCCGGACUAAGUUAUUGUAUGCAGUUAGCUCUGGUGCCGGGUUUGACUUGAGUUGA